AGUUCAGUUGCUGCACUUGACGCGUCUGGUUCUGUUUGCCACCAUCGCGGAUCGAAGUCGAAGCCUCAGAAGAAGGCCAAGUGGAAGAGCCGAGUCCAAGAACCAAGAACCGUAAAUAAAGAAGCGAUCGAGCGGAGAUGGAUUAUCGUUUAGUGCUGAAAAUUCUCAGCUUUCUGCUGUUGGCCCACUUGGGCUUCGCCCAGCAAUCAACAUCGGACUAUGGAGAGGAGCAGCCUCCGGAGGGCUACUACGCCUUCGUGGAGUCGCCGAAUGCGGUGCCGCCCAAGGUCAGGCCUCCGCCCUACACUUUCAUAAACGCCGAGUGCAAGGAUGUGGCCGCUGGCAAGAAGUCCGCCGUGUCGGUGCACAACAUUUGCGGGGAUCUCAACAAGGGUCAGAUCCCCAAGAAUCCGCUGGGACAGAACGUACUGGGAGAGCCUUAUCCCUUUGAACUCAUUCGCAACCAGACUCUGAAGUUCCUCUCCAAGACUCUGCCCGUUCUCAAGGCCGACGACACUCUGCCCAAGGUCACCCAGAUCAUCCGCGAUGAGCCCGUGGAGCAGCUGGACAGCAACAACAUCGACAACAACCGACCCUAUCCCACCGGAGGCUCCACCCGAGUGCGCCGCAGUCUGCCGGAGGGCGUGGAGUCGAACGAGUACAGCUACUUUGAUCCCGCCCUUGACGAGGAGGAGCAGCAUCAGCAGAGGCAACAGAGUCACCAGCAGCGAAGAGCCGCCGCCGACGAGAGGAAGCCACGAAAGUUCUGCGAUGGCGGUGGAGUAUUCUGCACCUUGUACAGGGCCAUCCAGGGCGACACCGGUGGAGCUGCCCCUGCCACGCCCACAGCCGAGCGUCGCGAGGAGGUGGGUCCCAUCCGGUACGAGGGUCCACCCACUCCCUGUCCCGCCAAAGUGGAGUACGCCACGCCGGUCUUCGCCAAGAACUACCAGGGCGCCUGGCGCUACGUGGUGCAGAUACCCUACGAGGGCUACUUCACCCAGACGGUGGAGGUGACGCGCUGCAUCCAGGCCAGGUGCCACUACCUGGACGGCGGCUGCCUGUCCUCGCCGCGCUGGGUGAGUCUGCUGGUCGCCGAGAUCUUCUAUCCCAAUGCGGAGGACACGGUGCCCACCAGCUCGACCACCACGCAGGCUCCCUCGGUGCAGGAUUUCCAGGCCUACCAGCAGUAUCUGCAGAAGCGGGCUGGCGUGGCCACCGCCUCCGACGGCACCUCCGCCAACGGAGGAGCCUCCGGCGCGUCGGCUCCCUCGGACGCCCAUUGCGAUGGCCACGACGAGCUGGGCUGCUUCCAGGUGCGCCUCUACUACGACUGGUUUCUCAUCCCCGGCUCCUGCAAGUGCUGGCGUCCGGACUACUUUGCCAAGUACGUGCGCCGGAAGUCCGUGGCCGACUUGUAAGCUGGACAGGAUUGGCCAGCCUAGCUUAAGUUCUAGCUUUUAGAGGACACAACUUCGAGAUGAACGGCUCAUUCUAGUGAUCCUCGAACCCUUUGGAUCACGCAGAGUCUGCAGUUCAUAGCAGAUAAACAUAUUAUUAACCUAGGCGAUUAGCUCCCUCUUUCGACUGAUUAAGCCAAGCGCAUUGCAUUUCUACUAAUAAAUACGU